ACUUGGACUUUCAUGCCCGAUUAAGAGCCCCCUCUAUCGUCAAGUAUUGACCAUUCGAAAACCAACAUGGCGGGUUUAUGCAGGCUUUGCUGUCGAAAACCGGCAAACGUUUCGACAGUUGCCAGGAUAAUUUCAGCCCGAUAUGCAACGUUUUCCGAAGAUGACCUGCCAGGCCUGUAUCCCAAAACACCUCAAGAGAGGAAGACUGCUGCCAAGAAGUAUGGCAUGAGGGUGGAGGACUAUGAACCCUACCCUGAUGACGGUCUGGGCUGGGGGGAUUACCCUAAGGGUCAAGACGUGCAUGAUGACGAUAAAGACCCACAUGCAGACUGGGAUUUCCCCGAAGAAAGGAGAAACUUUGGAGAACUUGUACAUAUAGAACAAGAUUUAUUAUCUCGUGCAAGACCCAACAUAUAUGCAAAAAGCAACAUACCACUUAAAAAGCAGGCGAUGAUGCUUGGAACCGUUCUAGCAACCCUUGCUGGGUUGUUCUGGAUUGGUGGACACUUCAAGAACUUCCAACCUGUGGGACCGAAGCAGUUUCCUUACAAUGAUCUCUGGGAGGAGAAGGGAAACAGGCCGGAAGAUGUCCCGGAAACAAAGAAGCACUAUGUCAUCUAAUACCUCAUCUACGUUAUCUAGGUAAUACACACUUGCUAACCAGAUGCUAAUGAUGGGUUUCUCUAAGAAAGUAAGGGAAGCUGUGAUCGAGUUAGAUGGUAUUAAGGGAUGUACAUUUUGUAAUCCAGUGGCCCCACCUCCCUCUACCUUCCACCUUUCCUGAUUUGCCAUUUGAGAUCCAUUGCAUCAAAUACAGUUGCCUCUCAUUAAUACAAAUUCAGUUACAAUUCUGGUUAUAGUGAAUGUAAAUACUCGGUCCUGACUGUGCAUUUGAAUGGGACUGGCACUCCUCUUACUAAAAAAAAAAUGGAUAAACCAUUUAUGGCUGGGUCUGGCUCAGAUUUUAAUAACGAGCAUCAACUGUAUGAAAUAAAUUGAGAGGUUUUGAAAGUUUUAACGUUUGACAGAAAUCAUUGCCUCCUAGAGUGUAGACAUUGACAUUGGGAGCGUGGCCGCCAUAGGCCGUGAGCUCGGUUCAAUUGAUACAGUAAUGGUAGAUUGUCAGUGUUGUGUUCUUGGAGACCGUACAAAUAUAAAUAUGUUGUAAAGCAGCGCAAACAUAUUUCUACCUCCUCAGCUCAUCCCUCUUUCAUUUACGUUUUCUUGCGUUUUGAAAAAAAAGUAUUAAGGGAAAAUAAAUUACAUAAUAAUGCUGUGGCAUGUUUUUAAGACUGGAUGUAGAUGGGAGAGGUCAUUGGUUGGAUUGCUUACUGGGGCAUCAGACAUUGAGUUUUAUGUAUUUAUAGUCAUUUUUGUUUUCAGAUAUUUUGGAAUGAACAGUUUUGCUGUGAAUAAUUAGAAAGGAAUGGUCAAAUGCUCGAGUUGGAUCUGAUGUUUAAAUUUUUAGAAAGUUUGGAAUUUUAAUGUUAUAUGCAUUGUUAAUACAGUGUAAUGAUGAAACUCAAA